AGUCCUUCUUUGCAGAGCUGAAGGUUAGUUCAGCUUUGAAGUACUGUUCUGAGUGCGAAGACUUGUAUGAGAACAUCAACCUUUGAAGAUGGCAGGAUCCGUGGUCCUUUUUUCCGGCCUAUGCAUUGCGAUCCAAAUUUUCUCAGGAUUUGCUGACAAGCUGUUUUUGAGCAUCGAUUGCGGAGAACCGACGGGUACGCGCACGGACAAACUGGGCAUCAAAUGGGUCGGCGACGGCGACUAUAUUAGCACAGGAAAAACAGCGGAAGUCCAGGUUAGCAAUUCAUACUACCAAGAAGACACGACGCUCCGUUACUUUCCCUACCAAAAGAAGAGCUGCUACGUGAUACCAGGCGUGGCGAGGGGAAGGAAGCACAUGGUAAGGGCAUCCUUCUUCUAUGGCAACUACGACGGGAAGUCAUCGCCACCAUCCUUCCGUCUUCAAUUCGAUGGGAACCGUUGGGCGGAUGUAAACACUUCAUCCAGCGAAUCCAAGUAUUGGGAAGUGAUUUAUGCGCCCAAGAGAGACAACAUCAGCAUCUGUGUUGCUCAGACGUCGCUCAACCAGACACCCUUCAUCUCUGCUCUCGAAGUUAAGGAAUUUGAGCGGGGAAUGUAUGAAACGGAGGACACGGACGAUGUCCUCCGUCGUUGGCAGAGGGUAGCCUUUGGAGCGAAGGGCUUCGUCAGGUAUCCUGAUGACCCUUAUGAUCGUUAUUGGCAUCCAAGUGGUGAGUUCGACGGCGUAGUGACUGUGGCGAGAGAUAACAUGAGCUUCAUCAAAAACUUCACGGAUGUUCCGGGACUGGCAUUAGCCCACGCCAUAACAGCAGCGUCGGGCAAUGCGACGACUCUGACAGUCCCAUCGUCGGAGACGGAUUUGGAAGAUGCUACAUAUUACUAUAAUUUCUAUUUCUCCGAAGUGUUAGAGGCAGCUUACCAAAAUAAGAGCAGGUCUUUCGAUUUCCUUGUUGAUGGCCAAAAGCUUAACACCAACGGUUCUAUAAUCCCACCUUAUCAGUCAGAUGAGUGGACUCUCUACAAUCACGUCGGUCGGAGCCUAACUGCUGGAUCAAACAUUUCCUUGGUCAACACACCAGAUGCCUCCCUUCCUCCAAUCCUCAAUGCCAUGGAACUUUUUAAAUUGAUCAAGAGUGGACUUACAAAUGGAACCAACGAAAAUGAUGUGAAGGCAUUGGAGGUGUUGCAGGGUCCGUAUCAACAACUUCAGUCUUGGGCAGGUGAUCCAUGUCUUCCUCUAGGAUUCACUUGGGACUGGCUCAACUGCAACAUGGACGAUCUACCACGAGUGACUGAACUGCACCUUAAUAGUUCAGGCUUGCACGGCAUCCUUCCAGACUUCAGCGGCCUGACUGCGCUUCAGAUAAUUGAAUUGAGUAACAACAGCUUGAGUGGACAGAUCCCAGAGUUCUUGGGAACAUUUCCUCACUUGAAAGAGCUGUGA